AUGAGCAAGAGCAUGGUGCGCGAGUGGACUGCGACCUCUCGCUUGGAUGAGAGUGGCUGGAUUGUCGUGCUGAGGUUCGGAUGCAUAGAUGACGACUGCUUCAAGCUAGAUGAUGUGGGGUGUCUUUCAAGAUUUGGGAUGAGUUGGGGCUUCCCUGAAAGAGCCACGUCCAUUAUGCCGCGUAGAAGACCCAGAAAGGCACUUAGCCGCAAGAUUCACAUCUUCUAUGGAGCACCACUCGAAUGGAAGUCCGUACCGUUGCACAUCAGGAGACUAGCCACUGAGAAGCUGAACGAGGGAGGGAAUCUGAUGGCUGGUUCUGGGCUUUGA